AUGCCGUCAGUUGCACGUACGACCAUCUUGCGAGAACAACAACUCAAUCUGACGACGGGUGAAAGCGACAUCCAGGACGUUCUGUCAGUGUUGACUUUGAUCUCACAGGACACGAAUAUUACUUCUGCUGGGAUCGGUGCUGCAUUUGACAUCAUUCACCAGAUGGGCUCAAUUUCUCAACCAACGCAAGAGAAUGUGGCCUCUGUCGUUGACAUCUUAAGCAUCCUGGCCAUGUUAGACAAAGGCAUGAUCAUGGAGGCGGAGAUGAUGAAUGGUGCUGUCAGCAGAGCCACCAUGGCCUUAAAGAACAUCCUUCUUGCUGUCAAUGUGCCUUCCAACCAGACCUUCCAACAAGUGGCAGCAAACCUAGUAGUACAGGUAAUCGACUCUAAGUCUGAUGGUGUCCGUGAUGGGAUUGUCUUCUCCAUCAUCGGCGAUGACAGCCAAUCCUUUGAUGAAAGUGACAUCCAGCUAUCCACCGACAAUCUCGACAGCGGUAACCUUGGCGAUGUCGUCCAAGCAGCUAUCGUCAUUGGACCAGGGACCAUUGAUGAAGGCACCAUGAGGAAUAUAGCAUUCACUGUGUACCGAGACGAUGCAUUGUUUGUAAUGGACGGUCAAGUGGGAAGCAAUGAUGGGCGUCGCAAUAUCACGGUCAAUACUAAUAUCAUCGGAGCGAGCCUUGGUACGAGUGAAACCACACCUCUGAAUGCUCCGGUCACCAUAACACUGGCACACAAGCAGGUAAGAUAUCAAUCACUUCAUGAGCUAGUUUGUAGAUUCUACCUGCUCAAUGGGCAGAUUUCAAGUCAUUUGUACCAAAUUGUAAAACCCACCGAGUCGGAUAUUGAAUAUGUAUUCAUCAAGCAAAAUGCAACGAAUCCGCAGUGUGUGUUUUGGGAAUAUACCACUAAUGCUUGGUCAAGCGAUGGAUGUGAUAUGACAAACACUUCCGAGACACACACCGAAUGCCAGUGUAAUCAUCUUACCAACUUUGCUGUCCUUAUGGAUGUGAGUGGCAUCCCCAGACGAUCAGAGAGAGUUGAACAAGUGUUGAGGAUUCUCAGCUACAUAGGAUGUUCUCUCUCCAUUUUAGGCCUCCUGGUGACUCUUGCUGUCUACAGCACAGAUAGGAAACUUCGUUGCUUGCAGCACAUCUGGAUCUUAAUGUGUCUCUGCAUUACGCUCCUCUUCCUAUACGUCUUCUUCAUCAUCAUGACAGCACUCGACCGAUAUCCUGGAGAACCUGAGGUCGGUCCAGGUCUGUGUGGAGUCAUCGCUGCCGGCCUCCACUUCACCACGCUCUCAUCGAUGUCAUGGAUGGGCGUUGAAGGGAUAAACAUGUUCGAAAUUGUCAUGGAUUCGUAUAUCCCACUCUUCAUGAUAAAGGCCUCCAUCAUUGCAUGGGGAUUACCUGCUGCGAUAGUGCUCAUAACUGGUGCUAUCUCGAGACAGAAUUACGCCAACUCAGACUACUGUUUUCUUCAGAAAUGGCCUCUCGUAGGCGGUCUGCUAAUCCCUAUGGCAAUCAUUCUCGCUCAUAACGUGAUCAUCUUCGCUCUCGUUAGAUGUCUUGUGCGCAUCAACCGGCGCCAGGAGAUCAUGCGCCGUCUCAAAAACGGGAUCGGCGUCCUCCUCCUACUUGGUUUGACCUGGCUUGUUGGAUAUUAUACCGUGACCGAACAACUCAAUCUCGCAGUCCACGUCAUCUUCAUCCUACUCAACUCUCUCCAAGGAUUCUUCAUCUUUGUUUUCUACGUUCUCCGACAACCUCAAAGCCGUGCGCGCUUGCGGGAACGCUUGGGUUGCUGUUUCCACGAUUCACCCUUGACGGUAGGUGCAAAUACGAUGAGUAUGAAACAAAUGAGGAUGACAGGAACAGGGAACCCGGUUAACAAAUCUGAUAUCGAUGAACAUGUCUAUGAGGAUGUAUCUUAG